AUGGCGCCAACAGUAGAGGAAGAAGUCUCAGAAGACAUUGGAUUUAAAUUACAAAAGACGGAAUAUAAACUUUAUGAUUCAUUGAAUUUGAGUUCGCUUUCCUAUGUCCUAGCAAAACCAUUGAAUCUAUUAGCAUUGCACAACAAACUACUAAUAAUUGCGUCUUCGAAUUAUAAAACACUUCAGUUUGCUUCAUUAGACGACUUUACGAAAAUUGACCACGUUGACGGAGAUUUUAAAAUUACUCAAUUGUACUUUACAAACUCAUAUUUUUAUAUACUAAAUGAUGGAAAUAUUCAGGUGUUAACAACUGAGCAAGUGGAAAAAAAAGACUUUACAUUCAAAACACUCGCAGAAGGUAAUUUUAAGAGUAUUUUACCAAUAAAUGGAUCAAGUGAACAUGAAUAUCUUGCGAUAAACAAAAGCAAUGACUUGUUUCUUGAUAAUAAACAACUCGCGUCAAAUGUAUCUGCUUUCACCUACACAAAUGAACCAGUAUAUUCGACCAAGGACCAGAAAUUUGAAAUUAUGGGCAAGAAAAUUGUAUUUGGCAAUGUCGAUAGUAGCGGUAGCGAUAAUGAUAAGAACAAUAAUAAUGAUGAUGAUGAUGAUGAUGAUGGUGAGGCUAUGAAGGAAGAACUUGCAGACCACGAAGUGGUUUCUCUCACUUCAUUAGGUUCAAGCCCAAACUCAUCCUCCUCAACCAUUCUUAUCGCAUUUGAUCUCAAAGAUGCAGAGUUGGAUGAUCAUGAUAUUCGCACUUUUGUUCUUUAUCUACAAGACAAUGGCUCACGUUAUAUUGCUUCAGAAAUUGAAAUAGUACCAGCUUACAGCUCUGCUCAGCGAUCGCCAAUAUACUACCACGCUUCAAUCACCAAUUGGUUAGCAAACACAAAGUUUAACAUCAUCACGUCAUCAUUAUCGACCGAUUUGGGUAUAUUGCAAAAUUCAACUGCUCCUUCCUCCUCUUCAUCCUCCUCAACGGACUUGAUAAUUAUUACACCAUCGGAAGAUACUAAUCGUGCACAAUUCCCCAUAGACGAUGACACGGGUGAUGAUAUAUCUCCCAUAGGGAUGUGCAUUUCAUUGAGCGAUGUAAAUACAAAAGUGGACGAUCCUUGUAUGGGGGUGGAGGAUGUUACUGGGAAAUUACCCAGAGUUAUUUGUUUGAUGGAUGAUGGAUGCUUAAUAGAGUGGUGGAUCUUUCACAGACAUGGGAUCAUGAAUGAUGAAUUGUCUUUGACCAGGGCAUUGAAGGCAAGUGAAGUGAAGGCAAGUGGAGUGAAGGCAAGUGAAGUGAAUGGAAACAAAGACAAUGUCGAAGGUGGUAAAGUUGAGCAGAAGAACCCAUUUCUGUCAAGUGGCAAUCCAUUUGGAUCAUCUACAUCUGAUGCAUUUAAGAUUCCAUCCAACAUGACUUCAGCAGUUGAUAAAAAUAAAGACAUUACUGGUGGAUCUUUUGGAAACAUAGGAUUCAACAACACCAGCACAAAUACGAGUGCAAACACUACCUCAAAUACUGCUUCAAAUACCAAUACCAAUGCCAAUACCAAUACCAAAAUUGAGCAACCAACGUCAGGAGCAUUUGGCUCUACCGGGUUUGGUCAAGCAGGAUCUGGUAGCGGAUUUGGUCAAACAGGAUUUGGUCAAGCGAGUUUCGGAAAGAAACAAACACAAACACAAACUGCAAACAAGACAACACUGACUAUUAAAACGAGCUUUUCCAAAUAUAGUAACCAAUCGACAAAUGGAUUUGGGAGCGUUAAACAAGGUGAAUCGAUAUUUAGUGAUAGCAACAAUGAUGAUAGAUUAGGACCAGACAGUUCAACAUUGUCAUCACCAUUUGGAAAAAUAAAGUCGUCAACAUCAUCACCAUUUGGCAAUGUAAAGUCGUCAACAUCAUCACCAUUUGGCAAUGUAAAACCGUCAACAUCAUCACCAUUUGGCAAUGUAAAGCCGUCAACAUCAUCACCAUUUGGCAGCUUGGGAGAUGCAAAAAAGAAUGAACCAUCGCCAUUUGCCAGUCUAAAAGAAAACGUAGACAACUCAAAGUCAUCAUCACCAGGAUCGACUGAUUUUAAUUUUGGAAAUAAUGAAUCACCUUUUGAUUACAACAAGAAUCCUCAACUAGGGGCUGAUAAACAAAAGGAUUCUGAAGUGCAAUCAGAACCAUCACAAAAUGUAACAAGAGAUACAUCAUUUGCAGAAUCUGUUGAAUCCUUGAAUAAUGGUUUCUCGUCAACUGGUUUUGGUACAGAAGAGGAGGAGGACGAGGAAGAAUUCGAUGAAGACGAGGACGAAGAGGAAGAAGAAUACAGUAGAGACGAUGACGAAGAAAAUGAUGAAGAAGAAGAAGAAGAAGAAGAAGAAGAAGAAGAAGAAGAAGAAGAAGAAGAAGAAGAAGAAGAAGAAGAAGAAGAAGAUAAAAAGACUCCUCAUUUCGGUCCCACUACAACGUCCAGUACAUCGCCAUCUGGCUUUGGUUCAAGUAUGGCAGAUGAAUUGUCUUCUCUUGCAGUACUGGAAAAGAUUAAGAGUGAAGAUAAAAAGUCACAAACAAAUUUACAAGAGUCAAAAGCUUAUAAAACGGAGACUAAGGAUAAAGAGGAAAUAAAAGAAUCAACACCAAAAGCGGAGGCAGGAUUGGAAGCAGACCCGGAGGUAGACUCUCCAAUUGGACCUGUUGAUCCCGUCGAAUUUUCUGUUUUUGAUGGUUUUGUAAAUGCUCAGGCUGGUACCGGAAACCCUAUUGCUGACAAAAUCAGAGAUAUAGUUGCUGAGACACAAGGUCAACUGCAAGUGCUCAACACUAACAUUCAGCUGGUGGCAAAUUUUAUUGAUGCUCACGAACAACCAGGUAAGGAUGGUUAUAGAGUAUCGGAGGUGGAAAGUCUUGAUUGUAACCAGUACAACUACACAAAAGAGAUCCAGUACCUCAAACAACAAAUCAGUAAAGUAGACGAAUUGAUCAAGACUAUUCAGGACUCAGAGCAUAAUAAAAUCAAACUCGAUCGCAUGUACGAUCAGUUAUCAAUUUUGGAAAGAGGUGUACUGCAGAACCUGAAACUUUUGAAGAAUCGGCCACUUGACGUCAAAGACGAGCAAAUGCAAUUGAAAUUGAGAGCAAAAUUGAAAAAUGUUAAAGAUUUGGAAGAUAAGCUUUUGCAAGUGUUGAUGCCGAUCAAGGCUAAAAAUUCAUUGAAUGCAACUACUGUCGCAAACAUUGAGAAGGUGUUGUAUCAGCUUCACGACCAAGUGUUGGAGAAAAAGAACUCAGUGGAUGAUUUGAUUGAUCAGAUUCAAGAACUAAAAGUUGGAAACGGUGCGGGGUCUGGAGUUGUUACCAGAUUUGUAGGAGGCGAAGGUGAAGAAGCGCAACUGGAUGUGUCGUUGCUGAUGCUGGUGAAUAGAGGAAAAUUGGAAUUGAGAAGGAGAUUGAGACAGUUGAAUUCAUCUAGUAUGAAGCAGAUAGCAUUCUAG